CAGCCAUUCUGCACGAGGACUUCGUUCAUAAAGAAGAAGAAUUUGUCUGCGUCACCCGAGGCACUCCAUCGAAAUGGAUUAUUACCAGGAAGUACCUCAGCAACUCUACGAAGGGGGCACAGAGAUGUCCGGCUUCUAUGCAGAACCGGCUCCUCCAUUGGAAAGCUCCGUCUCCGUGAGUGCCCUGAAGACGGAAGAUGAAUCAAGUAGUAAAAAGUCGGUGCUCAUCUUCUUGGCCAUUUGUUUACUUUUAUUCCUGGGCCUCCUCAUUGGAAUUGUGUUCUACGUCACUACUACAUCAAAGGAAGGCGGUGGUUCGGACGGGACACCCAGAACACAGGAAUAUGAUACCUAUGGCUAUAAUCCAUCAGCAUCUCACACACCACGUGCACAGUACCACAGUUCAUCGUCCACCACCACCACCACCUACAAGCCACAGAUUCCUUCUGCGCCGGUUCAGCAGGAGCUUCCGCCAUUGUUGUGCGAGACCUCCAUUGGUAAUGCUCUGACGGUUGAUGAGCUAAGUCCUCACUGCGACUUCUUUAUUGUGGACUUUGACUUCACGGCAGCCACUCAUCCUCAGUAUAAUUACAUUCUCAAAGUGGAACUUGAAGAUGGGGACAAGAUGGAGCAAUUCAUGAAGAAGAAAGCAGGGCUGCCAAGCAAAGUCGCUGUGGGUUUGCCGUACAACUCCGUACGACGCCUCAAGCUGAACGAUGACGCAGGAAGGACUACAUUGGCGAGAGGCAUCAGUCAGCUUCUCCUGGACGCAAAGUUGGAUGGCGUCAUGCUUUAUUACGACGAGCUUUCUGAAGCGGACGCUUCCAAAACGCAGUCAAUGCUACAGAGCCUGACUACUGAGUACAACGCUGGGUACUACACGCUAUUCAAGUUCAAGUUCAGUAACAUCGCCGCGAGUCCGAAAAUUCAAAAGUUCGUGUGGAUGGCCAGUAGGAUGAAUGGAGUGUUUUUGGUCAUUGAAACGCUAAGCAAGAUCAUGCCUAACCCGCUGCUCCCAAAUGCGUUCUGCGAAACUCGUGAAAAAAACUAUUCCAUCAUUCGGACGCUGGAAGACAUUGUGGCCACAAAGAAAGCAUCGGGAAUGGGACUCGUCGGCAUCGGCCUCCGUCUUUUCCUGUUUGAAUGUGAUGGCGACAUCUACGAGAAGACGACUAUCAAAGAAUGCAAGCCAACGCCAUAUGACUGGAACGCCACAAGGAAACUCUGCAAUUUGGGAGGCCAAGAAGCUGAAGCCAUCGGUUGGAGCAUGGGGACUUCGAUGUACACGCCCGCCGUCAAUAACAAAUGGAAGAAUGUUCACUUCUUUGAGAAUGACUACACCUUGGCCACAAAGGGAGAGAAGAUCCUGUCGUACCUGGUUGAUGGAGAUGUGUAUUCCUUCAUCGUGCUCUCUGGAUUCGAGAACGACCUUAUGGAUAAUUAUGCAGACUGCUCGCGUUCAAAGUUUGCCUACACUAGCGCAUUGCAAGCGAAGGUCGGACCAAUUGCACGCCGGGUGCACCAGGGCUGACUAUCGACCAGGCCGCAUGGAUCAACCAUUUUGUCCUUCAACCAUUUCACUGCCGAGUUCUAUAAAAACCCAUUAUUAUGGUUUCAUCGAAUACACGUCCGAGUGCAUUCAACACUUUCAUCUUUCCUGACACCGUUUGUCCCUGCAUAGUAGAUUCACAUGUAAU